AUGCAGUCUCCACCCGCCGACUCUGCGGUAAAGACCCGCGCGCGGACUGUGAGCUCAGACCACGUCCGGCCUACCAUCGUGCUGAACGUUCCAGGUGUCCGCUUGGCUGUGCUCCCCAGCACGAGUGACUCGCUGUUACAUCUAGACAUUGCCCUCAGCUCGGCUGCAUCGCUCUUGCUCGCCACGUACAUUGUGUGCGUGCUCGCGUGGAAUGUCGUCUCGGUCGCUCUCGCAAUGCUAGCACAGGCUGCAGCGCUCGCACUUAUCAGUUUCUACACCUAUACAGGCCUCGCUGUGUUGUCCAUGGACACGGUCGAGUUGAACACUCGUCAAGUCGACGAUACUUUCGAGCUGGAAACGAAGGAAUCUCCAGCUACUGUGGUGGUAGCCCCAACGCUUCCGCUGCUAUGCAUUGACGGUGCCUCGAACUUGCUUAAACGCACUGGUGCCAUCAAGUCGAAUCCCGUGACCACUAUCGCGAAAAAGGAGGUUCAAACACGCCUGACUGGACGUCACGUUCAGGCACGUGUGGACAGGACCCAUCUGCUGGUCAACGUGGUGCCAGGCGAUUCGCGCCGUCGUGUGGAUAUGGACCUGGCCAAGGCAAACAUCCGGAUCGGCAAGGCAUUUGUGCAGACAACGCCUGGCACGCGUCAGGCGCGCGACAUUUAUGUCGUGCGUGUGGACUGCGGUGCGCAAUCGGCUGCGGUGGAGAAGCAUAUGAACCCUGUGAUUAUGUGGGACGUGACGGCUACGUUUGAGGAAUUCAAGCAACUCGAGCGCGACUUGCAGAAGGAACUCAAGGCCAAGAAACAGUCGCAUGAAGCGAAGGUGCCUCAUUUGUCCCGCGGGAAAAUGUUUUUCGUCGAGCGCGAGCUCACGGUUACUGUGCUGGAUGCUCGUCGAGUGCGUCUACAGGCGUUCAUUGAUGUCGUGCGCUCUGACCCGGUGCUAUCGACCAUGGGGUGUUUGCGCAAAUUCUGCCAAGCUUACUAA